GAGGGGAACAAAGCAGGGAAAACAGACAAAUGUAUCGCCUCUUGUGAAGCUUCAGUAACGACGAGGGAGAGAAUCUCCAGUGCAGCAGCUCUGCAGCCUUCAGUUCUCAGUGUUAUUAGCGUCAGUUUCUGAUUUGGUCAGCCUGCAGCCGAGAAGCAGCCAGAGGGAAGUCAGAGGAAACUUUAAAAUUGAGCUGCUGGGAGUCUAGUACAGGGUUUUUAUUUGACCAGAUAAAGGAGCAUUCUGUGAAACUGGAGAGCCAAGAUGAACCAAACUGCAUCCGUCUCUCAUCAGAUUGACUGUCAGCCAGCCAAGGAUUCCAAGGAGUUCGUGGACGUCAGCCCCGCGCAGAGGAACUGGAAGGGAAUCGCCAUCUCUCUGCUGGUGAUCGUGGUGGUCUGCUCGCUCAUCACCAUGUCUGUGGUCGUCCUCACACCCGUGGAGCUCCCGGACAACAGCAGGUCCAGGCUGACUGUGGCUGAUCUGUACAAACCGGAGUUCAGCGUUCAUGACCCCGAGGCCACUUGGAUCAGCGAUUCAGAGGUGGUGUACAAGAACCGCGACGGACACGUCAUCAAGUUUAACUUCGCCUUGAACGAGACCGAAGUCAUUCUGAGCAACAGCACGUUUGUGGCCUUCAAGGUGGCAAAGUACUCGCUCUCGGCGGAUCUGAAGUACGUGCUCUUCGCUUACGAUGUCAAACAGGUGUACAGAUAUUCCUACACGGCGUCUUACAUCGUUUACAACAUCUACACGAGGGAGGUAUGGGAGCUAAACCCGCCAGAGGUUCACAAUGCAGUGCUCCAACAUGCAGCUUGGGGAAGACAAGGACAACAGCUGAUCUACAUAUUUGAGAAUAACAUCUACUACCAGUCAGAUGUGAGGAGUAACUCUCUGAGAAUCACCUCCUCUGGGAUGGAGGGAGUCAUCUUCAACGGACUUGCAGACUGGUUGUAUGAAGAGGAGAUUCUGCGUUCACACUUGGCUCACUGGUGGUCGCCUGACGGAGAGAAACUGGCGUUCCUCACCAUCAACGACACCCUGGUACCCAACAUGGUUCUGCCCCAGUUCACUGGCAACACCUACCCCAAAGGACUACAGUACCCAUAUCCUGUGGCCGGUCAGACGAACCCUGCCGUCAGGUUGUCGGUGGUCAACCUGUUCGGAGCGACGCACACUCAGGAGCUGCAGCCUCCGGAUCAGCUCAGGCUCAGGGAUUUCUAUGUCACCAUGGUGAAGUGGAUCAGUAAUACUCACCUCGCAGUGCGGUGGCUCAACCGGCCCCAGAAUGCUUCACUGCUGACGGUGUGUGACGCCACCAUAGGACUGUGUCUUCAGAGACACGAGGACUCCUCAGACUCAUGGCUCUCCAGACAGGGACAGGAGCCGCUGUUCUCCAAGGACAGGAGCAGGUUUUUCCUCACUCUGCCCGUGAAACAAGGAGGUCAGGGAGAUUUUCACCACAUCACAAUGUUCACCAGAAAGUUGCGAAGCGAGCAGGACGAAGUUCGACACUUGACGUCAGGAGACUGGGAGGUGACCAAACUCGUAGCUUAUGAUGAAAACAACCAGAUCGUAUACUUUCUGAGCACAGAGGACUCAGCCCAACAGAGACAUCUAUACAGUGUGUCCACACUCGGCCUGUUUCCACGGCGAUGCCUCACCUGUGGUCUGAAGGAGGAGUGUUCGUUCUUUGACGCCGACGUCGGCCCCGAUGCACGGCACGCCAUCCUGCACUGUAAAGGUCCUGGAGUUCCAGCUGUGCUGCUUCUUUGUUUUGAUGACGUGGACUCGUAUUUCAUCCUGGAGAACAACCUCCCUCUGCGGUCUGCGCUGGAGACUAAAAAGACGAUCCAGACGGAAAUACGGAUGAUUACUAAUGACAACUUUGAGCUGCCUCUGAAGCUCAUCUAUCCUCCUGACUUCUCUGAGUCUUACCUCUACGGCCUCCUCCUUAUUGUCGGCAGUUCUCCGGGCGACCAGGCUGUGACGGAAGAGUUCAGGCCGGACUGGGAAUGGGUGCUGGCGGGAUCGGAGCAGAUCAUCGUAGCGCGACUCGACGGCAGAGGUUCGGGGUUCAGAGGUCAAAGGGUUUUACAGCAGGUCCAUCAGGGGCUCGGCACGGUGGACGCAGAGGACCAGAUAGCAGCUCUGGAGUACCUGACGAAGCUGCCGUUCGUUGAUCGCACUCGAGUCGGGGUCUUCGGAGAGGACUACGGAGGCUACCUCACCCUGAUUAUGCUGAAGUCGACAGAGAAGCUGAUCAGAUGUGCUGCGGCUCAGGCUCCUAUCGUUGACUGGUCCAUGUACGCCUCCGCGUUCUCGGAGAGAUACCUCGGCUCACCUUCAACCGAGGAGAGCAAAUACCAAGCGUCCAAAGUCCUGCUCAACAUGAAAAGUCUGCAGGGAGGAACUCUGUUUCUGGCUCACGGCACUGCUGACGCAAACGUUCACUUUCAGCACUCGGCAGAGCUCAUCAAACACUUAAUAAAGAUCGGAGCCAAUUACACUAUGCAGAUCUACCCGGACGAGGGACACUUCCUGUCGAGGCGCAGCCGGAUUCAGCUGACUCACUCCCUAAUUGGUUAUUUCAGAGGAUGUCUGCUUGACACGUCGUCAUUACUCGACCAACAACAACGGGACGACGAGUGAGAGAGGGAACGUGGUCAUAGCUGGACCGUGUUGUUGCCCCUGGUAGAAUGAGUGUGUGUGUGUGUGUGUGUGUUUUUAUAUGUAGCACAACGUUUGAUGGACAAAACAAGCUUCUUCUCAACACAUCAGAUAUAGUUUCUAUGGCUCAUCGCCUCAGUAGAACGAUGCUCCUACAGUCAGCACUGUUGAUGCAGUGUUCACCUGUAGAACGGAGAAAAUGCAAAGCAAAAUGUGGAGGAGGAGGAGGAGGAAGAGGAGGAGGUGUCUUUGAUAACCAUGCACAGUCUCCGUUACAUGAUGGUGAAAUUAGCACAAAUCCUGCAACACAGGGUUAAAAAACUGUAUUUCUCUACAGCAUUUAAUAAGCAACAAUCGUGAAGUUCGGACAAAAACAAAAUAUCUCAAUUAUCAAUCAGUUCAGCUUUAUUUGUACAACACCUUUCAUGGUUUAUCUUUAUACAGUUACAUAUACAGCGCUGCUUGAAAGUAUGUGAACCUCCUGAGCAUUUUUCUAUCGUUUUACCAUUAUAAACAUUUUGUUGUCAACUUUCGUAGGGGCAAAAGUCUGCGAACCCGGAGCUGCGUUGCUUAAAACAAGCAGGUUAACACAAUCAGCUGGUUCA